CCGCCGCCCGCGGGGCCCCGGCCCGAGCCGCACGGACCAGUGGCUGUAGGACAAUUUCACCGGUCGUUCCGGCGAGAUAGUUUGUCUCCUUACUCCUACGUAUCAGCUUCAUCCCACAACCACAGUACUUUCCCUCUGAAAGGUUUAGAUCGGACCCCGAUUCCUCCUAGAACAUGGCAGAACUCUCUUGGAAUGCACCCUGGACAAGUGGAGACAUCUCCCACUUUUUCAGAUAAAGGGGUUCCAUUUCCUGUACUGCAGAGGUUUCCAACUGAGGUUACUUAUACGCUGCAGCCCAGCGCCACAUCUGUACAUGUUCAACAAGGUCCUCAAACAAUGGGCAGCUCCUCCCAAAAAUAUAGUAACUACACACCUUCAACACAGUACUCCCAAGCCUACUAUCCAACAGCUGUGCUACAGUGCUGUUCUCCUUCUACCCACAUGGACACUCUAAGUAGUUGUGUCACUCCCACUGCCUCUUCCUACGCACACUGCAACUACUUCCAGAAUCCUCCAAUGCAAUCCUCCUAUCCAGUUGAAUUUCUGCCUCCUAAUUGGCCUUGCAGUGCUACUGAUGAAAAUAAAAAGACAGAAGUAAACCUAGAGGCUGUCUUUCAGAUAGUAGAUGAGUUGCAUUCCUCCCCUAAAUUGGAGAUGGUAAAGGUGGAGCCUGUUGAGAAUCAGUGCCCAACAUCUCAGUCUAACAGAGGCCAACAUAUCCUAGCUAAUUCAAACAACAGCGAUCCAGCAUCUGCAAGUCAGGCUAGCCAGCUGGAGCCACUUACUCCUGUAGGCUCAGAUAUUACGUCUUUUGUGGUUGGAACAGAACAAGCAAUUACCUACCCUCUACCGCAGUCACCUGAGUACAUCUAUACUAUCCACACAGCCCAGGCUGUUGAAAAUAGCACAGUGCAGGAAUCUGCAGCCAUCCAGCAAGCUCAUGUCAAACUGAAGGAGCAGCUAAGUCAUAAUCCAUCUUCCUCUUCAGUAGUAUUUGUGCAGGAAGGGCUACCGUUCAGCACACACCAGGUGGAUGCCAAUAUAAAAUGCCAGACCAGUCCACCUGAGAAUAUCUUGCCUUCAGAACAGAUGGGAUUCCUCAUUUCAGAAAUGGGGCCUGCUAGCAAACCUAGUAUAGACACAAGUUUAUCCACUUCAACCAGAUACAGAGAGCGAAGAAGCAACUUACAAGGAAAGUCCCCUGAUCUUCAUCUGCUGGUGGACGUAGCCUGCAAGCAGGAGCAUUUUCCAAAGGAAGAAGAAUUAAAAGAGUGAGGAAUGGAUAACUAAUGUGACAUUGUGCACUAGCUGUAGAUGGAGGCAGACUAGUCUUGCACAUGACACACUGUUGGGAUUUUUUCAGUUCUGUUAAGGAAAAAAAAGUAUUUUUUUGUUUGUUAACUGAGAAUUUUGGUAAUUGAGAAUUAGGAAUUUGGUAUUUACUACAGAUGUUCAGUUCAGAUUAUUUACCUUGACAAACUAUUAAACAUCUAGCAGCUAUGUUUUUUUGCUGCCCAGAUCCCUUCGAAUGAAAAGUCCUGGCCUUCCAUUACAGUUGAGAAGCAUCUAAAAACUGCCGCCUCUGUGGUACUGGAGAACAGCCCUGCGUGUGUGCUGGUGCAUUGUCUUGCCACUCUCAAACCGCAGUAGCAUAACUCCAGUGGGGAGUUCAGUCUGUCUGUUUCAAGUCACAGUGUGAUCCUUUUAGAGAAGAUUGUGUGAGAAACAAAGACAUGUGAGGUCACCAAGAUCACAGGUCUAAAUGGGUCAGGAAUUCCAGGGAAAAAACUCUGGGAAAGAGCUAAUUUUCUAAGUGACUAACCAGGAAAUUCUCUGACUUCCUAACUCAGCAUUUUGUUUCAAGAACAAGGCAUCUGGACUUGGAAUAUCCAUUACCCUAACAGCCCCUGAUUCUUUUAUAUUAAUGGGAGCAUUCUUCUAUUUUCCUACCUUUCUUUAAUUUUAACAGUACGUUAUCAUAAAUGGUAAGAAAGUUUUGUUAAUAUAUCACUUACUUAAAUGUCUUCUAAAGAAAAGUAUUUAACUUGUUUAAUAUGAUUGUAUUUAUAAAUGCUGGUAGACUUAAAGGUUUUAAGGCUUUAUAUUUUUAUUAAUAUUGCAGGACAGAAGGAUAAAGGAUGCGUGUGUAAUAUUUUUAUUUUGAAGGAGAAAUGUACAAUGUGUGAACAAAAACAUUAAGAGAUUUAACAGUGUUUUCUUAUUUUAGAUUUUCACAUUCAGUAAAAUUUCACAUUCAUCUAUAUAAGGUAUUGUGUGCAAAUUUUGGGAAAAACUGAUUAGUAGUCAUUUAGCAGAAGCUAUGCCUCUGAUAUUUUUAAAUAGUUUAUAUCUGGUUUAAGCCUCUGAGAGAAUUUUUGAUAGUGGGAUAGACUAUAGCAUUUUUUUCUUAUCCCUUCUAUAGGAUUCUAAAUUUGAAUAGUAAGGUGGUGGGACUGUUUUUCAGAAGAGGAGGAUAUCUUGGAUGUCCAGUUUCUGUGGUUGAUUCCUUACUUGCUCAUCCAAUGAGAGCAAGAAACUUUCUGAUUUAAAGUCUUUUAAAUUGACUAGAACUUUCUCAUUGGUUCUGCCUCAAUUUGCCUAAUGAGCACAGCAGAAACAAAAGGAAAGCCUAGGAAUAUGAAACUAAUUAAAAAGAAAAGGCACUUAGUGAUGAGACAUAAGUACUGUGCUAGCUAUUGUGGGUGUAAUGGUUCAUUUCUUAUAUUGCAUUGUGCCUUUCCAGUGAUGUCAAACCCUGGAAGUAUUACAGAGAUCUAGUUCUUUUGGAAAAGAGUGAGCUCUGUAUUUGUCUUCAGUGACUCAGUUUAGGUAUGAAAGUAGGUUCUGAAAAGUGACCUGUCUAGUC